AUUUAUGAAUGGGCCGCUUUGGGCUGAUUUAUUACUGGGCUCAAAACGAUUCUAUCUUCUUCUACGAGGAGAGGGGAUUUGGAAUCAGAAGAAUCUCUUCUUCCUCCCCUCGCCUCGCCUCGCCUCGCCGUCCGUCCGUCCAAACCCUAGCUCGCCGCAGGUGGAAUAGAAAUAGGUGAUGGAUCGCAAGCGCAUCAACGACGCCCUCGACAAGCACCUUCGGAGUGAGAGGUCAUCUCCCUCCACCUCCCGCGCUGGUGCUGCCAAGCUAUCCUCCUCCUCCCGCGCUGUCGCUGCCAAUGAGCAGUUGGAUUCAGACACUGAAAAUAGUGCUUCUGACGGAGACGACGCGUUUUGGAUUACAUGGUUCUGCAACUUGAGAGGCAACGAGUUCUUUGCUGAGGUUGACGAUGACUACAUUCAGGAUGAUUUCAACCUCUGUGGCUUGAGCAAUCAAGUUCCGUAUUACGAUCACGCGCUCGAUCUCAUCUUAGACCUCGAACCAGUUCAGGGUGAUGUAUUUGCUGAGGAGCAAAAUGAAUUGAUAGAGGCUUCCGCGGAUAUGCUUUUUGGUUUAAUCCACGCUCGAUACAUCUUAACCACUAAGGGGUUGGCUGCAAUGCUAGAGAAGUUCAAGAACUGUGACUUUGGAAGGUGCCCUCGUGUAUCAUGCGGUGGCCAGCCCUGUCUUCCUGUGGGGCAAACCGAUAUCCCUAGGUCCAGUACAGUGAAGAUAUAUUGUCCUAAAUGUGAAGAUCUCUAUCAUCCAAGAUCAAAAUACCAAGUCAAUACCGACGGAGCCUACUUUGGGACGACGUUUCCUCAUCUUUUUAUGAUGACCUAUUCACACUUGAAGCCACAGAAACCAUCGCAGCAAUAUAUUCCCAGAAUAUUUGGCUUCAAGGUUCAUAAGAAAACAUGAAGGUGUUUGUUGACGAACUGGCGGCUGCUUGUUACAUGGUGUUUUGAUGGCAAACUGGCUGAUGCUUUUGUUUUGAGUAGUCCUUUGGAUGUUGUAAGGAACAACAUUAGCACAGGAUGAAAAUGCGGUGCACGCCCAACAGCAGUGUCACAUUUUUUGAAGGUGGUCCAUUGAGAAAAGAAAUCUUGAGGACCAAUGAGCAACCUGCCAACAUUGGAAGGCUAGAAGGGCCCAGUGAAAUGGCUUCCCCUUUGUUUGAUUUUGAAUGUGCAAACAGCGCAUCAUCUGUAUCCUAAUGAAUUUUGAUCUUUGUUACCCGUUGACUAGAUAUUGAGUCAUUAUUUUUGUAUUGCAACGAAGAUACGUGUGUACAAGGUGAGGCAAGUACUUGUUAACCUCUUGCAAGUGAAACCUGUAUGCUGCCCAGUGUCAGUUGGAUGAUCCCUUUUUCAUGCU